AUGGGACUUUUCAAAUCUACCGGCCUUGACCAGGAGUGUUCCAAAGCCGCUCAAAUUCUCAAGUCUUUCAUCGACAAAGGCAAAAUACCAUCAGAUGUUGUCGCAAACGCAAAAGGCCUGGCCAUUUUCAGUGGCUUUCGCGCCGGCAUGUACUUUGCCGGCGCAGGGGGCUCAGGCAUCGUUAUUGCUCGUCUCCCUAGUGGAAGUUGGUCCCUUCCUUCUGCUUUCUCAGUCCGAUCCGGUGCCUUUGGCCUCGUGUACGGGGUGGAUGUGUACGACUGCGUGUGCGUGCUCAACACAGAAGCCGCGGUUGACAGCUAUGCAACCCCGGAAAUGAACCUUGGUGGUGGAGUAGCUCUGGCAGCCGGACCCCUAGGCGGUACCGCAAAUGCGAAGGAAGUCAAACCAGUGUGGACCUAUACAAAAUCCCGAGGUCUCUACGGAGGAGUCACCGUGGACGGCACCGUCAUCAAAGAGAAACAAGGCAUGAACACAGAGGUCUAUGGACCAAAUGUCACCGCGGGCCAGAUUCUCAAAGGUCAAAUCAAAGCUCGCGAUGGGGAGAGUGCAGGGCGAAGGCAGCUGAUGGAGAUCCUCGCACUGCUUGAAGGGAAGAAGGUUGACGCGAAGAUUCUGCAAGAGAUCAGUGCUGAGCCUACUCCUGGGGAUCUUGAGCAGUAA